GAUGUAUACGUAUUGAUUAAUAAAAAAAAAUAAAGAGCUAAAGAAAGGUUUGGAUGACCAAAUACCACGAAUUCAUCAUCCUUUGCACGCACACACACACACACCUUUCUUUUUCCUUUCCUCCCUUUUUACCUCUAUUGAUGAUAGACUCCUCUUGAACGCAGCUUAACGAAGGUCGGUAAUCCCGACUAACACUUCGCGUAGCAUGGAAGAUGGGUUUCGCGUCUAUGUUCUGCUAGAUCAGGAUGGAUAUUCUCUCAUCAAUAGGAGUGUGAGUACUCCCGUUACUGGAUUUCUCUCCAAGCAGUAGAUAUGAAGUGGAUAGCUGUAGUCAAGAUGGUCUGACGGGGGCGUUUGAUAUGCAGUCGGAGGGAAAUAACACUAGAAAUGAUGCCUGUAGGAGGGGGAAGGAGGAAUAUUGCAUCCGAACCCCGCGCGCUCGUGUUAUCGGCGCUAUGCUUUCAAAGGUGGUGUGUACUUGCACCCUGAGGUGUGCUGUGGCUUGAGUGAACUCAAAGGAUGAUUCGUUUAGGGAUUCUCAAAAAUGACAAUACCAUUGGUCGCCCGCUCACAUCCACACACGCCCUGUAGUUUUCUGUCUUGAAAAAAAUUUCGUACUUUUGGUAAUGCCUCACGGCUAGCCCCGCUUAACGAGUUUUGGCAUGUGUAUUGGAUUUCUUUAUGAGAUGCUGCUCACUAUGAAACGUGUAAAUGGGAAACAUUGGCGGGGGAGAGCGUGAAUUGGUUCGAGCAUUCCUUCCUCUAAAUGCGCUUGAUGUGUGAGAGGAGGCCUAUGAUAACUGAAUUGAUUCGACCAUUCGUCGGUCAUGUGAGGAGUCCUUGCCGAUACUGGGAACCCAUGAUCAUCAGAUUAGAACCUAUUAUUGCAUUUAUUUUUUUCCAUAUUUAUAUAGCAUAAAGAAAUUGGUACAAAGGCAGGCCAUGCUUGAGCUGGGGGACAUUGAAUUUCAAACUAGCGAUGAGGACUCUAAGACCCACGAAGUUAGGCCAAGCAAUCGUAGCCAAGGUUCGCGUCAAUCCAAAAACGACACCCCGUCGUUGAGCGUGGCGAAAGACGCGGGAGGGAAGUUUCCAUCACGAAAGAACCUCGCCUUGGGACGUCUGACGAACCUGCAAAAGCAGCGCGAUCGCGAGUUUGCGCAGCGAAAGGCCCUCAUCCUCGCUGAUCUUGGUGGCAAUGCCGGGGAUCUCAGCCCGAAAGGCAGCGUCGACGCCAAAUGCCUUCCGAUUAUGGCUAUUCUCAAUAACCACCCCGACUACAUCACGACAAGCAGCUGCAGUGGUCGGAUCGCGCUUUUUCACAGCCAAACGAACACGGGCGAGGAUCACCCGGUGAAUUCGACGCGUGAGGGGUUUCGCGAAGACGGGGAGGGCGACUUUUCCGCAGGGGGAGGGCGGAAACGCGGCGGCGACGACGCUCUCGGGUGGAUCUUCGUGAAGCACGGCGCCCUCCUCCCGGCGGAGCAGCUCGCGGUGGUGCGUUUCCUCUGUGGCCCCCCCCUUAACGCAGGGGAUCGCGCGAUGGAUGAAGCGGAACUCCGUGGCGAGAUCGCCCCCUCGGAGGCCUAUGGUGGCGAGCUUGAGGGCCUUUUGGAAGGAGAAAUUCCGCAAAACAUCCCCACCUUCGGGAUGGUGUGUUUAAAAAUGGAGCCGUUUGUGAUGCACGUGGAGUGCCGUGGGAUGGAGAGCGCGAAGCGGUUGCUCUCUGCGGCCGUGAGUGAUGCGGGGUACCGCAACAGCGGGGUGAUCCCCCCAGGGCGGCGGGUGAUGUGCGCGAUUCGCAGCACGAAUGGAUGCGCGAUGGAGGUGCCGGUGGUUUCCGCCGGCGUGAAUCACGUCCGGACGCAACGGGCCUACGUCUGGGCGCUCCUGAAGCUCGCGAAUGAGAAGAUGCUGCACAACGAAAGCAGGGUGAAGUUGUUGUGGGAGAGUAUUAAACGCCGUCUGGACGGGAACGACGACAGGGAUGAUUAG